GUGCGUCUUCCUAUGCUGUGUCGCGCUGCGCUAUGGGUGUCGACGUGACCCAGUGGCGGGCCGCCGUGGGCACCCACGCUGGAAGGGUGAGGCCAGCGGUGCCUGUGGCGAGAACGCGGUAUGGCGCGGCAUCGGGAUGCUACCCCUAUCGGUUCCCAUCAGACACAGAACCCUUGGCGAUUCUCAAGGCGUUGCGCCAGGUAAGAUAAGAUUACUGUCAUCCUUUAAUUUCUUUGCACUGAUAACGAUAACAGGAACGGUACAUGCAAGCAUGAAAUAGAAAUUUUAGAUAUUUACGUGUUGCUUUUUUUGUUGUUUCCUUUUGUAGCACCACAAGUUUGGGUUGGUCGCAGAGUGCAUCCUACCUGCAGACUCUCAAAUGCGGAAGGAGUUUUUUAAUGGGCUCGUGGGCUUCUUGCUGCUGUUGGAGGCAGGCAUCGAACGGAAUCCAGGUCCUGCAGGCGACGAUGAGAGCAGGGAUGAAUCAAAGGCGAAGCGUUUAAAGUCUGCCAACUCAACGACGCGCCGAAUCGACUCCUUCUACAGACCAGCUUCAACCUCAGUGACAGGGCCAUGUACGGAGUCGGUGCCGGCCCCGGGCAGCUCUUCAUUUUCGUCUCCGAUGAUGUCACCGUCGCCUUCCCCGUCACCAACUCCAUCACCAUCGCCAAUGCAGUCGCCCUCACCAGCCCCCUCAUCCACGGUAGGUAGAAUAGACACGGUAGGGGUCGCGAGGAGGAUGCGCAGUAGCAUGUGA